AUGAUUGAUGAAAUUACAAGAUAUAAAAUCCCCAUAGUAGCCAUACAGGAGGUUCGAUGGCUCAAUAGUGGUAGUAUACAAAGUGGCAACUCAAUAAUUUUCUACAGCGGUCUACAAACAGGUAGACAUGAGAAGGGAGUCGGUUUUAUGAUUGACAAAGCCAUGAUGAAUCAAGUUAAAAAAUUUGUGCCAGUGAAUGAACGUAUUUGCUACAUUCGAAUCGCGCAACAGAAACUAGAUCUAAUAAUAUUGAACUGCUAUGCACCGACUGAAAAUGCAGACGACGAGGAAAAAAAUAGUUUCUAUGAUACGUUAGAAGCAACUUUUGACGUUUUGCCUAAAAACUGUAUAAGGCUAAUUGUCGGAGAUUUAAACGCUCAAGUUGGUAGAGAAACGUCCUUUGGACAAACGAUUAGAAAAGAAAGCUGGCAUCUUACGACAAAUAACAAUGGUCAAAAAAUAAUUGACUUUUACUGUUCAAAAGACCUCAUAAUUAGCAGCACCUAUUUCCCAAGGAAAAACAUCUAUAAACAUACAUGGUCUGCCCCAGAUGGGAAAACGAAAAGUCAAAUUGACCAUAUCAUAAUAGACAAGAGGCACAAAACAUCAAUUCGUAAUAUUAAAAGUUACAGAGGAGCUGAUGGAGAUACUGACCAUUAUUUAGUUGUUGCAACGUUUGUAUUAAAGCUGUCAGUAAAAUGGAGGAAACAUGAUCCGGAUAAAGUUACACUGUGGUCAAAGACAAAAAAAUCUCUAACAAAAGCCACUGAAAGACUACGAGGUAAGCGCACUAAACAAAACGAAAAUCAUUGGUUUAAUCUGGAAUGCCAAGCUGCUAUUAACAAGCGAAGUUUAGCUAGACAAAAUAUGAUGCUGAAUCCAACAGAAGAGAACAUGAGUGAAUACUCUCAACUCAGAACCCUAGCAAACAAGGUGAUUAGGCAACAGAAACGCGCAAUGGAAAAAAGAGCUAUAGAAGAUAUCGAAUAUUAUAAGAAAGAACCUAGAUUGUUUUUUAAGAAGUGCAGAUCGAUUAAAGAAGGAUUUAAGGCACGUACUAAUUUCAUCACAGACAUGAAUGGUCAUAUAAUAUCGGAACCUAGCGAGAUCGUAAGAAAAUUUCAAGAAUAUUUUGAAGAAUUAUUAAACAGCAAUAAUUCCCGCACUGGAAUGGACAACAAUGGAAAGUAUGAAGAAAUACUACAUCACACAGCAGAACCUGAACUGCCAGCACCAAAUAUCGAGGAAAUUGAAAUUAUUAUUUUUAUUUUUUUUUAUUUUAUUAAAGCCGCAACAACUAAGGUUAUUGGCAUAAUAUACAAUGUGAACAUUAAGUGA